AUGGCCAUCUCAAUUGCGGACACUGCCGGGCCUUUCUUGGACCCUAUAUUACCCAUGCCUAACCUCAAGAAAUCCGCUCCCGUCAAACAGAGCUUCUUGCACCGAUUGGGUUUGCGAAAAUGGCUAGCCAAAGAGAGCCAUCGUCAGAGCCACAGCCCGGCUACUCCCCCGUCGCCGCCGGUUCCUUUCCCUCUUGCUGCUCCUCCACCGCCCAUUGAACCUCCUCCGCCCAUCAAGAGACCCAGCCAUGCCAGUAUCGAAUUCAACGACAAUCGCGACGAGAAAUUCGGAACGUCUCCCCCCCAAAGACGAUCCGUGAAUAACAUCAACCUUGAAUUCUCACCCGAAGCUACCUUCAGUAGACAGGAAUCUGAACGUCGAGAGCUUUUGACUCCGAAUGAAAAGACCGAUAAGAACCAUCGUCGCGCCGUUUCCGCGGACCAUCGACGACCCCUUAGCUUCCAUCGACCGAGAUCCACUCGUGCCCUUUCCGUCCCUCGAUCUUCCGUGCCAGAGCUGGCAUGGGACAACCCGUGCCUCACUCCUCAUGGAGGAUCCGGGAACGAUUGUUUCCCUAGCCUUGAACACUGCAAUACCGCGACGCACACUGAUGCCGCAUCGGCAAAUGGCGAAGACUUUGAACGUGUAUUGCAAUCGGAGUUGGAUAAAAAAUGGAUAUUGAAUCUGAGUAUGGGUUUUCGGGAUAGGUUGGACCGCGAAAAAUUUUUCAUCACCUACGCAGAGAGCCCCAAUCAUUGGCGAAGGGUAACUGUAUCCUGUGAUUAUCGCGAUGCGGAGCCUGAGUCACUUGAGCGAGACCUCAAGGAGUUACGUUUUCACCGUGACAAGAAUGCCCGAAUCUAUGAAUCCAUUCGAGAAUCUAUCGAUGAAAUUGAGUUUUACGACACCGUGACGAACCUCAGAUUGGAGACUCGUGAGGGCCGUUUGCAUGUUCACGUCACGGAGGAUGUCAACGAAAUCAUCCCUUAUCCGCCAAUCUCUAGCGUUGCCCAUCUAAGUCCACCAUUGAUUCCCGAAAGUCACAUCGCUUUUCAUAGUCAUCUCUCCGGUUUCGUCUAUCAUGUGAAGCUGAAUGGGGAAAACUAUGUCAAGAAAGAGAUAACUGGACCAGACACGGUUGAAGAGUUUUUAUAUGAAAUUAACGCUCUCCAUGCCUUACUGGAUUCUGACUGUGUGAUCCAGUUUAAAGGCAUUUUGGUGGAUGAUUCAGUAACCGUGGUCAAAGGCUUACUACUUGACUUUGCAUCCCAAGGCUCCUUGGCCGAUCUGUUUUUUGACUACAAAGGCAACACAGAAUGGACCCGGCGAGAGCGCUGGGCUCGACAAAUCAUUAAAGGCCUUGCGGACAUCCAUGAAGCCGGAUUCGUUCAAGGAGACUUUACGGUGUCAAACGUAGUCGUUGAUGAGCACGACAACGCUAAAAUCAUUGAUAUUAAUCGCCGUGGAUGCCCCAUUGGCUGGGAGCCGCCAGAGUUUACGAAAAAGAUUGAAAGCAAGCAGAGAAUAUCAAUGUACAUUGGGGUGAAAUCUGAUCUUUUCCAGCUGGGUAUGACCCUUUGGGCUAUGGCCAUGGAAGAAGAUGAGCCGGGGACACAGCCUCGCCCCCUGACAAUCCCCAGUGAUUCAGCGGUCCCUGAAUAUUUCCAGAACAUUAUCCAGAUCUGCUUAAGCCCAAGGCCACAGAAUCGCCUUUCAGCCAAGGAAUUGUUGUCUCUUUUCCCAAAGGAGUUACCUAAUCCCGUAACGGAAGAGCUCUUGGAAUACCCGGAACAAGACUCUGGCAAUUUCAUAACUACCCAGAAGUUGCACAGUUCCGACAUGGGUUCCGACGUCGGGUCGCCGAGCCAGGCAGCGCUGCUUCACCCGGUGAAACCUGUGACCAACAGUGAUUUUUCUUUGCAUGACAGCCCAGGACCAGAAAGUGAACUCAAUCAGGACCCGCUUCUGCCUUUGCCGCCGGAUGAUCUAUACAACCUGGAGGGAGCUAGCCUGUCAGCUGAACCGACUAACAGUCACAUUGUCCUCGAUGAUGUUGCGCAGUAUGAACUCGGGGGUGAUAUCAGGAACCAAUUAGCUUUCCAGUCUGCCCUUUUCGCUGGUUCUCCUCCUUGUGGACAGGAGUUGUGGCUGGAUCCUUUAGCACCUGCGAGUCAGACUGAAUGCCCUAGGAUAUUUGCUCCUGGGGCUGAAAAGCUUCCCGAGCUUCUUACCGGCGUUGGGGACCAUAUGUUAUAUUCAUUUCCCAACUCCUUAAUUCCAAGAGACGCGAAAGUUAAGACACUACUGACUGCGUCCGAAACUGACGUUUUAUCUGAAAAGGCAAAUUCAGACAUCAACCAAGAGGCUCCUGAUAAUGGUGACUUGAAUAGCGACGCAUGCCGUGAGGCCAUUGCAGAUAGCUUCUAUACUGUUAGUGCCGAUGAAUUGCUCUUGUCAAGAUUACCUAUCAAUCCGGCUUUGGCAAACUGCUCAACUAUUGGCGGCGAGAUAUCCUCGCGGAAUUCUGCGUCAAACGAAAGUCGCAUUCCUGAUACUCAACCCGAUACGCAGUUUCUGCCGCCCACUGACGUUUGCGAAUCUGUCGUACCCGUCGAGUCAUCCGGACGACACCGUGAACGGCCUCCAUUAGACAACGACAGCUUGAUCAUGUCGCUAUUGCCCAUUAAUCCUGCUUGUGACCUAGCUAGACCGUCGUCAAUAAAUCCUCCCUGCGACGCCCAAAUUUCAACCAUACCUUCGUCUCCCUGUAUUAAAAUAGAACCGGAUUUCCCUUCUUCAGCAUCCUUUAUUCCGCUCGACGACUUGUUUACGUCCGCCUUACCUUUAAAUCCGGCCCACCUGAAAUCGUGA